CAAACAGGUGGUAGGCAGACGAACAGGUAUCAAUUAUCAUGUUCACUACAUACGAACGCAACUCGAAGCCACGUUUGAAUACUAUAAUCAUAAAUCAUAACCCAUUAAGUAAAACACAGUAGAAGAAUAAUGCAAAACAGAUCAGAAAAGCUUACCCCCACUACUAUGGAGGAAGAACAGGCUCUCCAGAAACGAAAAUUUUAUUGGGGAAAUACACCAGAUGAAGAAGAAUACCACAAACUCCAUAACAUCAAGUCCACUACUUCUUUCUACAAAUCACCAAGAGGCUUAUCUUUAUUCACCAGAUCAUGGCUUCCCCUCACCCCACCACGUGGAAUCAUCUGUAUGGUCCAUGGGUACGGCAACGACAUCAGCUGGACUUUCCAAGCCACCGCGAUCUUCCUCGCCGGCAACGGGUAUGCCUGUUUCGCACUUGACAUGGAAGGCCACGGCCGAUCUGAAGGACUCAAAGCUUUCGUCCCCAACGUCGACGAUGUCGUUGCAGAUUACUUGGCGUUCUUCUCAUCGGUCGUUACUUCAACCGAUGCCAAUUAUCAAAACCUCCCUAAAUUCUUAUUCGGUGAAUCCAUGGGCGGCGCAAUUUGUCUCUUGAUUGAAUGCAAAAGACCUAAAUUCUUCGAUGGCGCAAUCCUGAUCGCUCCGAUGUGUAAGAUCUCGGAUAAAGUAAGACCUAGUUGGCCGAUUCCUGAGAUUUUGAUGUUUGUAUCCAAGUUCGCCCCAAGUUUGGCGAUCGUUCCGACGGCUGAUUUAGUCGAUAAAUCUGUGAAAGUUCCCGAAAAGAGAAUCAUCGCUGGUAUGAAUCCGGUGAGAUACACAGGGAAACCGAGAUUGGGGACAGUGGUGGAGUUGCUACGAGUGACGGAAUAUUUGAGCAGUCAAUUAAGCAAUGUGAACAUUCCAUUCAUCGUGUUACAUGGAAACGCUGAUGUUGUUACAGAUCCCGAAGUGAGUAAAGAUCUGUACGAGAAGGCAAAGAGCAAGGAUAAGAGUUUGAAGAUCUACGAAGGGAUGAUGCAUUCACUGUUGUUUGGCGAAACCGAUGAGAAUGUUGAGCUUGUUCGUGGCGAUAUUUUGUUGUGGUUGAAUGAUCGAUGUUGAAGAUUGAAGAAACUUGAUUUGAUUUUGUUGUUUUGAUCAACAAAUGUGUAUUUGAAGAUGUUUGUUCACCAUCUGUAAAAUAAAUUAUUCACUGGAACUGUGUUUUAAGAAUGUUGGAAGUCGAUGAUGAUUGCUUCA